AAAGAACAAAGAAGUGAUUGAAAUCCAGUUAACUUAAUUUUCUCAGCAACCAAACAACAGCUUAAAAACCCCAAACACACCCUGAAAAACCCCAAGGCAAACACCUCAGUCGUAUUUCUCCUGAAGAGAAGGGUACAUACUUUUUCUCUUCAAGUUUUCUUGUGGGUUUGAUUUCUGAGAUAAUUUUGGGUUGCAGAAUCAUAUCGUGUAAGAGGCAGUGAUAGUCAGUGUGUCAUUGAUACUGCAUUGUAGCUUUAAGCAAAGCUUCAGACAUGUCCCAGGCCGAUAUUAGGAAGUGGUUUAUGAAGUCCCACGACAAGGGAAACACCAAGAAACCGGCGGCGGCUCCUUCUACACCUAAGAUUGAGCUUAAAGAACCAGUGCAAGGAGGUCAAGAAAGUUCUGGCAGGAGGAAAACUAGCAAGUAUUUUCCCAUAGAUAAACCAAAGGAUGAAAAUGGAACAACUGAAGUUCCAUCCAAAAGAAAGCCUCACAAGGAUCCUGAUGAAUGUGUUAAACCCUCACCUGCAAAAAAAGCUCACAAAGCUGUUGAUGACGACGACGACGAUUUUGUCUCGCCUAAUUCGAAGGAGAAAUCAGUUGAACUUGAUGCCACACCUAGUAAGAAACUGAAGAGCACAUCUGGCAUGGGAAUCCCACUGCAGGUUACGGCUAUUGAUGAAGGUGGCAAUGAUGAUAAAAAGAAUGCCGAAUCACCCCUCAAGCCGGCUGGUAGGGGUCGUGGUGGAAGAGGUGCUUCUGCAGGACCAGCUGGUGGAAGAGGAAGGGGCGCUGGACGAGGCGGAUUUAUGAAUUAUGGAGAAAGGAAAGAUCCCCCACACAAAGGAGAAAAGGAAGUUCCUGAAGGUGCUCCAGAUUGUUUAGCUGGCUUGACUUUUGUAAUUAGUGGUACACUUGACAGUUUGGAAAGAGAAGAAGCAGAGGAUUUGAUUAAACGUCAUGGCGGUCGUAUUACUGGAUCUGUCAGCAAGAAAACGAACUAUCUUUUAUGCGAUGAAGAUAUUGAGGGAAGGAAAUCCUCUAAAGCCAAAGAACUUGGUACGGCUUUUCUUACCGAGGAUGGAUUGUUUGAUAUGAUUCGGGCAUCUGUCGGUGCUAAAUUACCUGUACAACAAGCAAAGAAAUCUGUGGAUGAUGCUGCAGCAGCAUCUUUGCCCAAUAAAAGCCCUAAGACAGUAACAUUGAAGAAAGAUUGCACUGGAAGCUCGUUGGCAUCAAGUGCAUCUAGCAAACAGUUGCAGUCAGAUGCCUCCCUUGCUAGGUGUAAGAAGCAAACUACCGAGCAUUCUGCUUUUACUUGGACAGAAAAAUAUAGGCCAAAGGUUCCAAACGACAUUAUUGGGAAUCAGUCACUGGUAAAGCAGCUUCAUGAUUGGUUGGCACAUUGGAAUGAGCAAUUUCUUGAUACUGGAAAUAAGGAAAAAGGAAAAAACCCAACCAAUUCUGGUGCAAAAAAGGCUGUACUUUUAAGCGGAACACCUGGUAUAGGGAAAACGACGUCUGCAAAGUUAGUCAGUCAAAUGCUUGGUUUCCAGGCAAUUGAGGUAAAUGCUAGUGACAGUCGUGGGAAAGCUGAUUCAAAGAUUGAAAGGGGAAUUGGUGGAAGCAAUGCAAACUUGAUUAAAGAGCUUGUCAGCAACAAGGCCCUGAGCAUGGAUGGAUCAAAGCAUCCCAAAACUGUGCUGAUUAUGGAUGAGGUUGAUGGGAUGUCUGCUGGAGAUCGGGGUGGAGUUGCUGAUCUUAUUGCUAGCAUAAAGAUUUCAAAAAUUCCUAUUAUCUGCAUUUGUAAUGAUCGUUAUAGUCAGAAACUGAAAAGUCUUGUGAACUACUGUUUGCUUCUCAACUUUCGCAAACCUACCAAGCAGCAGAUGGCAAAGAGGUUGAUGCAAGUUGCAAAUGCUGAAGGCCUUCAAGUUAAUGAGAUUGCUCUUGAGGAACUUGCAGAAAAAGUUAAUGGAGACAUGCGAAUGGCAGUUAACCAAUUGCAAUAUAUGAGCCUCUCAAUGUCAAUCAUUAAAUAUGAUGAUGUACGGCAGCGCUUAUCAAGCAGUUCAAAGGAUGAAGAUAUUUCACCAUUCACAGCUGUUGACAAGCUGUUUGGUUUUAAUGCUGGAAAGUUGCGAAUGGAUGAGCGUGUUGACCUGAGCAUGAGUGAUCCUGACCUAGUCCUUCUUCUAAUCCAGGAAAAUUAUAUCAACUAUAGGCCAAGUUCGGCUGUUAAAGAUGAUAGUGGGAUAAAACGUAUGAACUUGAUUGCCCGUGCCGCUGAGUCUAUUGGCAAUGGAGAUAUUUUCAAUGUACAGAUUAGAAAAUAUCGGCACUGGCAGCUUUCCCAAAGUGCUUGUCUUUCAUCCUCUAUAAUUCCUGCUGCAUUGUUGCGGGGGCAGAGAGAGACACUUGAGCAGGGAGAAAGGAAUUUUAAUAGAUUUGGAGGGUGGCUGGGAAAGAACUCAACAUUAGGAAAAAAUCUUAGGCUCUUGGAAGAUUUGCAUGUCCAUCUUCUUGCUUCUCGUGAAUCUAGUUCGGGGAGGGAAACACUGCGAAUUGAAUACCUUUCUCUUCUUCUGAAACGAUUGACCGUGCCUCUCCGUGAACUGCCUAAGGAUGAAGCUGUGCAGGAAGUUGUGGAGUUCAUGAAUACUUACUCCAUUAGUCAGGAUGACUUUGAUACUAUUGUGGAGUUAUCCAAAUUUCAGGGGCAUCCAAAUCCGCUAGAUGGCAUACUGCCUGCUGUAAAAUCAGCUCUGACAAAAGCAUACAAAGAAGGAAGCAAAACAAGGAUGGUACGAGCUGCAGAUUUUGUUACUAUUCCUGGAAUGAAAAAGGUCCCUAAGAAGAGGAUUGCUGUGCUUUUAGAACCAUCUGAUGAUGUCAUUGGUGAGAACAAUGAUGAUACUUUUGUUCAGAGUGAUGAUGAAAAUUCGUCAGAUACAGAGGACUUGGGCCUCUCUAGCCGGCCUUAGUGAGUCUCCUCGAAUCCUAUGGGAUUGCUAAGACCGUGCGCUCUCUCAUCCUUAUACGCUCAACUCCUCUCUCUCUUGCGUCGGCCGAUCGACUCCUAUCGCGUUCUCAUCCUGCUCGACGACCUCGCCAGACCAUCCCACCGACCACUGAAACUCAAGUCGCAGAUAAUUGUUGAUGUUUAUGAAAUCAUAGAUUUUGUAUUUCACAGAUGUGAAAGUCCCCUAUUUUUUGUUCUCUUGCCGCUUGAUUUCGGUUUUUCUCUUUGGUACUUGCUCUAACUCUCACAAGAUUUGCAAUUUCUGCUAAUGGUGAUUGGAAUUGUGCUGUUGUCUUGGAAUUCGGUUUUUUUUUCUUUUUUAAUCAAUUUUUCUGUAAAUUUGGUGUUAUGAUUUGUGUAAAUUGCUGCUAUAGUGUUGUAGGCGUUUAGCAAUUUCUGCAAUUUUUUUAGCAAAAUGGGUAUAUUUCGGUUUCCAAUUUCUGCAAUUUCAUUUACGAUUACUGUUAGCUCGACAUUUCUUCACAUCAUCCAGUUUGCUUCUGUUUUGUAUCCAAUUCAUUAUUCGAAUAUGUUUUUGAGACCAAAAUUUGGUUUGCUGAUUACCUUUUUGUUUUCCUUCAUAAUUUAGUCCAGGACAUAUAGUUUGCUGCUGCACCAAACACUUCACUAUUUUUGUCCUGGUUAGUCCAAGCCAAGCCACUCCAGUUUAAUCUCAGAAGUUAGUCCAGUCCUAGAUAGUCUGUUGCAACAAACGUACCCUUAUUCUGUAAAAUAAGAAUGGUGCAUGCUAACAUGUUGUACUCCAUAAGAAAUGGAGGGCAUGUUCCAUGCUAUCUGGGAUUCUGAAAUCGCAGAUUGGAAAGUAAAUACAGGGAACGCUUCUAGAAA